CAAGAUGUUCAAGCUAUCACUUUGCCUAGUUGCUGCUCUGCUGGUCUGUGCCCUUGGCGACCACAUCAACAAGGAUGCACAGAUUCUAAGCGAGAGAAGCUCAACACCCGAUUCGGAAGGCAAUUUCGCAUAUGCAUUCGAGACAUCUAAUGGAAUAAAUCAACAGGCUUCUGGUAAUAUUAAUGGCGUUUCCGGUGAAAGCGAGUUUGUUGCUCCCAAUGGAGAAGUCAUUAAAACUACCUAUACUGCCGACGAAAACGGAUACCAUCCCCAAGGCGAUCACUUGCCCACACCUCCACCAUAUCCAGACUAUGUCGUUAGGUUGCUUCAAUAUCUCGCAGAACAUGCACCACAAGAAUAGAAUUAAUUUUAAAUGCAAGUAAAAUAGUGUGCAAUAAACCAAAAGCAGAGCUUGAAAUUUCAAUCAAGUGAAGAACAGUUAACGUUAAAAAAAUAUGUAUUUUAUUUUUAAUCAAUAUUAUGAGAGGAAAUUGUUCUUGACAACUUUCUUAAAUAUAUUACAAUUAAAAUGCUUAAAUUUACAAAUAAAAUAAACAUUCAGUCAUUCAUUAAA